GCGGACUUGAGUAGUUGGCGGGCUUGGGAAGUUGGCUGACUUGGGUAGUUGGCGGACUUGGGGUAGUUGGCGGACUUGGGAAGUGGGCGGACUUGGGUAGUUGGCAGACUUUGGAAGUUGGCGGACUUGGAAAGUUGGCGGAAUUGGGUAGUUGGCGGACUUGGGUAGUUGGCGGACUUGGGUAGUUGGCGGACUUGGGUAGUUGGCGGACUUGGGUAGUUGGCGGACUUGGGUAGUUGGCGGACUUGGGUAGUUGGCGGACUUGGGUAGUUGGCGGACUUGGGUAGUUGGCGGACUUGGGGUAGUUGGCGGACUUGGGAAGUGGGCGGACUUGGGUAGUUGGCAGACUUGGGAAGUUGGCGGACUUGGGAAGUUGGCGGACUUGGGUAGUUGGCGGACUUGGGUAGUUGGCGGACUUGGGUAGUUGGCGGACUUGGGUAGUUGGCGGACUUGGGUAGUUGGCGGACUUGGGUAGUUGGCGGACUUGGGUAGUUGGCGGACUUGGGGUAGUUGGCGGACUUGGGAAGUGGGCGGACUUGGGUAGUUGGCAGACUUGGGAAGUUGGCGGACUUGGAAAGUUGGCGGAAUUGGGUAGUUGGCGGAAUUGGGUAGUUGGCGGACUUGGGUAGUUGGCGGACUUGGGUAGUUGGCGGACUUGGGUAGUUGGCGGACUUGGGUAGUUGGCGGACUUGGGUAGUUGGCGGACUUGGGUAGCUGGCGGACUUGAGUAGUUGGCGGGCUUGGGAAGUUGGCUGACUUGGGUAGUUGGCGGACUUGGGUAGUUGGUGGACUUGGGUAGUUGGCGGACUUGGGUAGUUGGCGGACUUGAGUAGUUGGCGGGCUUGGGAAGUUGGCUGACUUGGGUAGUUGGCGGACUUGGGUAGUUGGCGGACUUGGGUAGUUGGCGGACUUGGGUAGUUGGCGGACUUGGGUAGUUGGCGGACUUGAGUAGUUGGCGGGCUUGGGAAGUAGGCGGACUUGGGAAGUUGGCGGGCUUGGGAAGUUGGCGGACUUGGGUAGUUGGCGGACUUGGGGUAGUUGGCGGACUUGGGAAGUGGGCGGACUUGGGUAGUUGGCAGACUUGGGAACUUGGCGGACUUGGAAAGUUGGCGGACUUGGGAAGUUGGCGGACUUGAGUAGUUGGCGGGCUUGGGAAGUUGGCUGACUUGGGUAGUUGGCGGACUUGGGUAGUUGGCGGACUUGGGUAGUUGGCGGACUUGAGUAGUUGGCGGGCUUGGGAAGUUGGCUGACUUGGGUAGUUGGCGGACUUGGGGUAGUUGGCGGACUUGGGAAGUGGGCGGACUUGGGUAGUUGGCAGACUUUGGAAGUUGGCGGACUUGGAAAGUUGGCGGAAUUGGGUAGUUGGCGGACUUGGGUAGUUGGCGGACGUGGGUAGUUGGCGGACUUGGGUAGUUGGCGGACUUGGGUAGUUGGCGGACUUGGUUGGCGGACUUUGGGGUAGUUGGCGGACUUGGGAAGUGGGCGGACUUGGGUAGUUGGCAGACUUGGGAAGUUGGCGGACUUGGAAAGUUGGCGGAAUUGGGUAGUUGGCGGACUUGGGUAGUUGGCGGGCUUGGGUAGUUGGCGGACUUGGGUAGUUGGCGGACUUGGGUAGUUGGCGGACUUGGGUAGUUGGCGGACUUGAGUAGUUGGCGGGCUUGGGAAGUUGGCUGACUUGGGUAGUUGGCGGACUUGGGUAGUUGGCGGACUUGGGUAGUUGGCGGACUUGGGUAGUUGGCGGACUUGGGUAGUUGGCGGACUUGAGUAGUUGGCGGGCUUGGGAAGUUGGCUGACUUGGGUAGUUGGCGGACUUGGGGUAGUUGGCGGACUUGGGAAGUGGGCGGACUUGGGUAGUUGGCAGACUUGGGAAGUUGGCGGACUUGGGUAGUUGGCGGACUUGGGAAGUUGGCGGACUUGGGUAGUUGGCGGGCUUGGGAAGUUGGCUGACUUGGGUAGUUGGCGGACUUGGGGUAGUUGGCGGACUUGGGAAGUGGGCGGACUUGGGUAGUUGGCAGACUUGGGAAGUUGGCGGACUUGGAAAGUUGGCGGAAUUGGGUAGUUGGCGGACUUGGGUAGUUGGCGGACUUGGGUAGUUGGCGGACUUGGGUAGUUGGCGGACUUGGGUAGUUGGCGGACUUGGGUAGUUGGCGGACUUGGGUAGUUGGCGGGCUUGGGAAGUUGGCUGACUUGGGUAGUUGGCGGACUUGGGGUAGUUGGCGGACUUGGGAAGUGGGCGGACUUGGGUAGUUGGCAGACUUGGGAAGUUGGCGGACUUGGAAAGUUGGCGGAAUUGGGUAGUUGGCGGACUUGGGUAGUUGGUGGACUUGGGUAGUUGGUGGACUUGGGUAGUUGGUGGACUUGGGUAGUUGGCAGACUUGGGAAGUUUGCAGACUUGGGAAGUUGGAGGACUUGGGUAUAGUAUUCUUUCUGUCGCUCUAGGACCGCCCCCCUGUUGCUCUAGCACCGCCCCCUGCCACUUUCUGCUCUAGAAGCGCUCCCUGCCUUCCAUAUUUUCUCGAGCCAUAUGUCUCAGCGUGGUUUUCCUCUGCCAUCUCUUCCUUACCCAUAGUCCAUCAGCCAUAUUCCCUCCGCCUUAGCCCCUCACCCAUAGGUCGUCGGCCACAUUGUCUCUGCCUUAGCUCUUUGCUGCCCUCCCUUUUCCCUCCCAUGUGUGCCUGAUGCUCUUUUCCCGGCUGUCCUCCCUCUCACAUGCUUCUUCUCCGCAGCUUCCACUCAGCUUCUCAGUCAAAUUUGCCAUGUAUGUUCCUCACCACAUGGCACAUCCCUUCUCUUACCUCUCCCCUCGUUCCAUAGUGACCCCCUGAGCCUCAUGAGGCUCUCUGCCACGCCGUCCCUCACCCCAUACUUGCUCCCCGUACCUCUCGCCCUCAGGUGCACUGGGCCCUAGAGUGGACAUACCACAUGCUCAUCCUCUAGCUGGCAUGCACGUCCCGUACUCGUGGCCGUUCCGAGACGCCACCAACCACAUCGACAACAUGCCAUUUCUUGAGUGGGCGUGCACAUCUCAUGCUCUUUCUUUUAACUCCUCGUUACUACUUGUUCGCUUGCACGUCCCAUCAUCAUCCCCCGUGCUUCUCCUUCGCCUCUCCUCGUGCCUCCCCGUGUAACCCCCCUCAGGUGCACUGGGCCCUAGAGUGGACAAACCACAUGCCCAUCCCCCGAGCUGGCGUGCACGUCCCGUACUCAUGGCCGUUCCGAGAGGCCACCAACCACACCGACAACUUGCCGCGUGUCGUCAAGGCCUACAUCCUCGUGGCCGGGUUCUUUGCCCAUGAGGCUCUCUGCCACGCCUUUCCUCCAGGGGAGCUGCAUGGCUGUGAGGACGUGAAUUACUUUCCGCAGCAGCAGAUAUGGCAGUACGCGCUGAACUGGUUUGACUGGCCGGGGAUCAAGGAGAAGUGGGAGAAUGGGACGGCUGUGUAUGACGUGUAUCAGAGGCAGCUGCACUGCUUGUACUGGGAAGGCGUGACUGGAGGGGGCCAGGGUACUGGGGCUGAGAAUGGAGUUACACGGGUAGAUUUGGCCAGGAGGAUGAGGGAGAAGUGUAUUGUGGCAGACUCCCCCUGAUCUUGGUCAAAAAAUAAUAACCCUUUGCACUGUAGUUGCCAAGUGCUGUAGUAUGAAGGGAAGUGCUCCUUAUAGGGCACCUCAGUAUAGCAGCCUUACAAAGGACAUCAUGCAAAGAGUGGAUACAAAUAUUGACAAAAAAAUCAUGUCAGUAUGUGCUACUGCUAUCGGUGCCUAAUGAUU